AUGCCUGACGAGAUAUCCUGUGACCAGUGCGGUCUUGUACUGCCCUAUGAUCAGUUUUCCAAGCAGCAGCGCAAGAUGGACGACCCAUGCUGCAAGCGCUGCGUCGCUUGGACCGAAACACAGGAGCCCGAGAUUCCCUCUUCCUGGGGCGGAAGCGAGACAGUUUGGAAUGAGCAGAGCCUGGCACCUCUGGCUUCGGUGACCAACCGCAGCAGUGUCGGCGCAGAAGAUCGCGGCAAGGACCCCGUCGACGAGCGUGAUGAUCGAGUGUCCAACGCAGGCUUCCAAAACUACGCAGGUAGCACCGCCAGCGUGAGCAGCGCGCCCGCUCGCAAGCUGCCUCCGCACUUGCAGAGCCGCGUGAAGAGCAACGCCCCCUCGACCGCUGGAUCGGUCGCGAGCUCGGAAGCCGGGGGCGCGAUAACAAGCACGGCCACCAGUCAGCAGCGGCUGCCGCCGCACCUUCGUAGCAUGGGGGCGAGCAGUAUUUCGACGGCGACGACCGUGAGAAAGGAGAAGGACGACAUCAAGAAUUGGAAUAGCCAGACGUACAAUGCAUACGGCCCGAACGGCGAAAGUCAACAGCGUGUGCGCCAGCCGUCGACAGCCGCUUCAGCGUCUACAUCUGACUAUACUCCGUCCAUGAACUCGAACGGAGGCACUGGACGCCCAGGUGAAGCUGCCCCUGGCGGUACACGGACGACGACUCCUGCCCAGGGCAAACCGCAGGGCAGCACGCAGGCUGACGGUGCCGAAGAUAAGCCUGGCAGGAAGUGGGCGAAGCCUUCAAAGGCACCCCGUGGAUACUAUGGUUAA